CCAUUGCUGUGAAUCAUUUACUACUGUGAAGUCCACUACAAAACAAGUUUUACGAUGACAGAUGAUACGUGCAAAUAGCUGUCAUAAAAUAAAAUGUUUCAAGAAAUAAAUGUUUUUUUAUUAUUUUGAUAUAAUGCUGUAGCUUUUAUAGUUCGAUAUGGGAUAUUUAUUAGAUACUAGAUUUUUGAUACUUUUAUAUCUUAUGUGUUACACUGUUUCGGGUGACAAUUACUUUGUAUCAAUAACAAGUGAUGGACCAGUGGUUUUAGGAGCUAAAAUUAAUUUUAAAGCGGAUUUGUUUACUGAUGAUCAAAAACGUCCGAGUGGUUCUUUCCAGUAUAUAUGGAGAGAUAAUGCUGUUCCUUCUCAUCAUUCUGAGACUAUCGAAACUACUAACCCAUAUAGUGAGUGGAGUGUAUCAUACCCUUACAAAGAUGGAUACCAGCCUGGUCUUUAUACGGUAGAAGUAGAUGUGGCUAAAUGGUUUGUUGUUUUCUAUGUUACAGUUACUUCACAACGUUAUACUUUCAAUGUUACAGACUUGAUCAAUGGGCAUAUGCUCUUACAACAAAAUCAAACAGUUCGAGAUGAUGUUUUUGUGUCAAAUAUUGAACCUGUAACACAUUCAAUAGUUUUGAAUAAACCUGAUGCACUUCUCUUGAAAGAUAAUGCUACCUCAGUUAUAACAUAUUGGUUCAUAGACUGCGGGUUUUAUGGAUUCACAAAUGAUUAUAAUUUCAAUUACAAAUUUACUGAUGUUGGUAAAGAGCAUGUUGUAGAAGCUCUCAUUGUGGGUUCCUAUGACAAGCUGCCUCCUAUAACUACAACUACUACUACAACGACAACAACAACAACAACUACUACUACUACUACUACUACGACUACUACAACAACUACAACUACAACUCCAAAACCACCAACGCCAAAUAAUAUUACAACCGAACAUAAUAUUGAAAAAAGGAAUGUUGUUAAUGAAGUCAAUUAUAAGUCAAUGAUUUUAUCCAAAAAUACCAAUGAUGGGAUAAAUAAUAAUAGUGUAAAUGAUACAGAUAAACAAAUGGCAGUUGAAGCAAAGGUUUUUGCUAGUGAAAAUGUUGAAAAUGCAAAAUACUCAGGUCAUACAUUGGACAUAUCAGGGCCAGCAAAAAAUGUAUAUAGCCAAUUUUUGAAAAAACAAAGUGGUGCUUCUGAUGCAUCAAGUGUAGAUUCAGAUGCUUGCUUAAAUAAGUCAUAUAUUGCUUCAGAUAAGAUGAAAACAUAUGGGUACUUUUAUAGGAAAAUAAUUGCUCAAGCGCCUGUUAGUAAUCUAACUGUAACUGGCAAUAACUGGCUGCAACAUGGUGAUAUGUUACGAUUGCAAGUAUCAUGUCAAGGUUCCGCACCUUUUCAUUAUUGUCUUUUAAUGAAACCAGGUCUGUACAACAUAACAGGAAAAGAGACUUGUGAUACUGAAAUAACAACAGAUUUAUGUGAAAUUUCAAUAGUGCAUUAUUUUCUCUCACCAAGAGCAUAUACUAUAGUUGUUAUUAUAAGAAACACCAUUAAGACACUUAUAUCACCCGUCGCUAUUACUAUUUAUGAAGCCAAAAAGAUUGCUCAAUUGUCAGUUAUCGUUGUUCCAGUUGUUUUUAGCUUUGUCGCUAUAACACUAAUUGUGUUUGGAGUUGCUUAUUAUAUACAGAGUCGUGCCAGAUUCAAUAUUGAAGUGGCUGAUUUCGAUUUCGGUCGAUCGUCUGCUGAUCUAGAAUAUCGCACCUUCUGGAAUCGAGUCGUAUAUAAUAUUAGAGAAGCGUGGCUAAAUGCUCGGGGACAUGCUCAUGCCCGCCUUAUAGGCGAUAACACUUCCCAUGCGGGGAGUUCAGGGUCGUUAACACCACCUGCAGGCGCCGCGGGUGGAGCAGAAAGCCCGUCUUUCAAAUAUGGCUUCAUGACAUAAAGAUUUGCUUUCAUUUGUGCUGUGAAUAUAAGAACUUGUUAACAUUGAUGCUUUGGGAGAAAAGAAAUGAAUGAAAUAAGUUUUAACUCGAAUAUUGGUAUGUUUUAUAUAUAGACCAAGUAGACUUAUAGUAUCAUAAUUAAAAAAAUUAGGGUUUAUUGAGAAUUAUUUUGUUUCUAUAAAUCAGUGUUAGUCUUGGUUACUGUAGAAUUGUAUAAUACAAGAACCAAAUUGAACAUUCAAAGAAGUAGGCGUAAAUGACCAUUCGUGGUCAAAGAACGUACAAAAAUAUUUAUUUUAUAUAGAUAUUAUUCCAUACGUCAUAUGAGUAUUCUAAAAUAGAAAGACAUUAGAAUUGUCAAACAGAAGAGAGUAAAUCUAAUCGCGUCAUACUACAUAUUACAAUAACUAAAAAUUUAUAAAUCAUUUGGGCAGACAGACAAAGCACAAAAACCAUUGUGAUAUGUUCUUAGAUUGCAAAGUUUUGUUGGAUUGUAUUUUUAUAAUAUAAGAGAUUUGAAAUAUGCAUUGUAUUAUUAUGUUUAGAUAACGUUUUUAUUAUUAUUCAGUUUAUUUUUAUUGUAUUAUAAUUAUAUUGACAUAAA